AUGGCUACCUUUACCAAGAACGACGAUGCCGAGGCGCCUGCCGGCAGAGACUCCCUGCUGCAGAUCUUCACCGAGCGGGAGCAGCUGAUCAUUCUCCAUGGUUUUCUCACCAUGCAAGAUUCCGUCCCGAAGAUCGACUACGCCAAAGUCGCUGAGCGCAUGGGCCUGAACCCUCGCACGAUCGGCAACGCCUGGGGCGCCAUCAAGAAGAAAAUCUCUGCCUUCGACAAGGAGGACCGCAAACGCAAGGGCCUCCCCGAGCAGGACGAUGACGACAAGUCCGAUGAGGACACCCCGAAGGCCAAAUCCAAGCCCACUCCCAAGCGCGCUCGUACCACCAAGGCCGUCCCGGGCACCCCUGGCACUCCGACCCCCAAGCCAAAGAAGACUCCCGGCCCUGGCCGCGGCAGGAAAAGCGCCAAGACUUUGCUUUCAGCUGCUCGUGCGGUUACUGAUGACGAGGAGGAGGAGAUCAUCAAGAAGGAAGAGGCGGCCAUGAAGCGUGAGCUUGUGGCUGAGGAGGCCGAUGACGACGCCGCCACUGUGGUUGCUCCUGAUGCUGCUGAGAUCUGA